AUGAAUACGUUUUGCUGCUUUCCUUUACGUGUUUGAAUGGGUGCAGUGGAUUCCAAUUGCGUGAUAUGCACGAUGAGGUGCUCGAGGUGAUCGGGGUCCAGAAACAAUAAAUUUGAACCAAUCUAAAUUUCUCGUCUCACUUUCCCAACGGACACCCUCCUCCUACCUCCUACCUCCAUCCUCCCCCCCUUCGCCAUCCACGAUGCCUGCCAACGGUUAUGCGCACACCAAGCUCGCGCCUGGUCACUUCCUCUUCACCUCUGAAUCCGUUGGCGAGGGUCAUCCCGAUAAGAUUUGCGACCAGGUUUCGGACGCCAUCCUCGAUGCUUGCUUGGCUCAGGACCCAUACUCCAAGGUUGCUUGCGAGACUGCAGCUAAGACCGGCAUGAUCAUGGUUUUCGGCGAGAUCACCACCAAGGCCAACAUCGAUUACCAGAAGGUCAUCCGUAACACCAUCAAGCACAUCGGUUACGAUGACUCUUCCAAGGGUUUCGACUACAAGACCUGCAACAUUCUUGUCGCGAUUGAGCAGCAAUCGCCAGAUAUUGCUCAAGGUCUGGAUCAUGGUUCGUUGGAGAACAUCGGUGCCGGUGAUCAGGGUAUCAUGUUCGGCUAUGCCACCGAUGAGACUGAGGAGCUCAUGCCUCUCACUAUCAUCCUCGCACACAAGCUGAACGCUGCGAUGGCUGCUGCUCGUCGUUCCGGAUUGCUUCCUUGGCUCCGUCCAGAUUCGAAGACCCAAGUUACCGUCGAGUACAAGAAGGACGAUGGUGCUACCAUCCCUCUCCGUGUCGAUACCAUUGUCGUUUCUACCCAGCACUCUGAGGAUAUUAGCACCGAGGAUCUUCGACGAGAGAUCAAGGAGAAGAUCAUCAAGCAAGUCAUCCCUGCUCAUCUCCUUGAUGAUCGAACGGUUUACCAUAUUCAACCAUCAGGUCGAUUCGUUAUCGGUGGACCCCAGGGUGAUGCUGGCUUGACUGGCCGUAAGAUCAUCGUCGACACUUAUGGAGGAUGGGGAGCACACGGAGGAGGAGCCUUCUCUGGGAAGGACUUCUCUAAGGUCGACCGUUCCGCCGCGUACACUGCGCGAUGGAUCGCCAAGUCAUUAGUUGCUGCUGGUCUCGCUCGUCGGGCACUUGUUCAGCUCUCAUACGCCAUCGGUGUCGCUGAGCCUCUAUCGAUCUACGUUGAUACCUAUGGCACUGGCAAGAAGUCGGACGAGGAACUCGUUGAGAUCAUCCGCAACAACUGGGAUUUGCGACCGGGUGUCAUCGUCCAAGAGCUUGACCUCCAGAAGCCUCAAUACCUCCAGACCGCGUCAUACGGUCACUUCGGCAACCCCGCAUACUCUUGGGAGAAGCCCAAGGCGCUCAAGCUCUGAGCUUCAUUCUGCCUCAUUCCCGCCUAUAAUGAUACCUCGUUGCUGUUGGCUGUACCAUCAUUAAAAUGACCCAAGCUCUCGCUUUCGCCUGUCGAUCACACUCUGCAUCGGAAGUUCAUCCUUCCGCUAUUUAUCAUCGCACCGCACUUGCACUUUAUAGUCUAGACAUGAACUCAUGACCCUACUUUCUGCAUAUCGCCUACGCCCAUACUACUACCCUAUCACCUCGCAUUGCCCCCACUUUACCGCGUUGACAUCCGCGGUUCAUCAUACCCGUCCUCCGCUCAUCUAUCACGCUGUGGCCAUUGAACUGUAGGUUUUCAUGACCGUUGCAUUACUUUACAUUCACACUGGUUGGUUUCCUGCUUCACUACAGUCGGAUUUUUUGUAUUCGUUGUUGGGUAUAGAGUUAAUACGACCGCGUUCAACCGCGCUUAUCUCCCAAUUAGCCAUGCUCUUUAUAGAAGUCCGUUCCAGUAGUGUCCAGUUAGUGUCUCUAAUAUGUAAGUUGCAGAGUGAUCAUGAUCAGCAGUCAAAGCGGUGUACCACCGUA